AUGUCCUCUCCAUCCAUCCAAAACACUCAAGAAGAAUACGCAAUUCUGGGAGCCACACAAGGCAUCGGAAAUGAACUUCUCAAACUUUUACUCAUCCGAGGAGUGAAAGUCCGAGUGUUGGCUCGAAAUCCAAGCAGUCUUUCCCAACUUGCCUCCAAUCCUUUACUUACCAUUGUCAAGGGAGAUGCUACCAAUGCAAAAGAUGUUGAAACACUCAUCUCUACUUCCCAAUACAAAUUAAAAGGAACCUCCAGAUUGGUCGAUUCAUGUCUCACUCUCGAUUAUGAAUAUCGAAUUGGAAAUGAUUUUUUGAGAAAUGCGACCAAUGUCAUGUCUCGAGCAGAUGUUGCUGCUUUCAUGCUUCGAUGUAUGUUUGACCAAACAUUGAAAAUAUCUGCAGGAUCCAAUCAGAUAUUCAAUGUCGACACGAAACGAGUCCUUCCCAAGGAACAUGACAGUAAUUUUGGUCUAAUGACCUUACUGAGAUGGACUCUCCCUCGACAUCAAUACCUCAUGAUCAAAAUGGGUGUGCAUUCCAUUCAAAUCGCUGGUGUGGCCAUGCUCGCUUAUUACUUUUUUCCUCAACAAGUGAGUGGAUGGUGGAAUGCUCUCAGUACAAGUGCUGUCAGGUUUUUUGGAGUUUCAUCCACGGGCUCUGAUCACAAAUGA